GACCCACGCAGGGUAGCAGCCUCCUUCUACCUGCCAUCUGCGGAACGGGUGCCUUUGCGGGCUCUAGGACCCAGGUUCCCGCGGCUCUUUAACGCCACUGGGCACGUCACGACACGUCUCGGUCAGAUGCAGGGGAACUGGGCAGACCUCGCAGUGUUAUUGACCAAAAACAAGUUGUAAGUUGGUUACACAGUGAGGCUAACGGUUAGCUUGACCAGCAGCAGAGUGUCAACAAGCUGUCAGCUUAGCUUCUGAACCGCUACUCUUCGUUUCAUUGUCAGGAGGCUGAGCAGGAUUUCAGUGUCAGCUGCUCGUUUCGGUUCCUUGUUAACUUCUGCUUUCUGAACAAUGGCCUGAAACCCACCAGAGAGGCCUAACUGGGUGGGAGGAAACACGAUGAGUAGGAACAACGUGCUCCUGAAAGUGAUCCUGCUGGGAGACGGCGGAGUCGGGAAGUCCUCUUUGAUGAACCGCUACGUCACAGACCGCUUUGACUUGCAGUCGUUUCACACCAUUGGCGUAGAGUUCCUUAACCGAGACUUGGAGGUGGACGGGCGCCCGGUCACCCUUCAGAUCUGGGACACGGCGGGUCAGGAGCGCUUCAAGUCGCUUCGCACCCCGUUCUACCGGGGCGCAGACUGCUGCCUGCUCACGUUCGCCGUCAACGACUUGCAGAGCUUCCUAAAUCUCAGCUGCUGGAAGAAGGAGUUCAUGUUCUACUCUGACGUUAAAGAGCCGGAGAGUUUCCCUUUUGUGGUGCUGGGCAACAAGGUCGACAUGGAGCGGAGGGAGGUCGGGGAGGACGAAGCACGGGCCUGGUGCGAGGAGAAUGGCUGCUGCCCUUACUUUGAGACCAGCGCUAAAGACGACACUAACGUCACGGCUGCGUUCGAAGCAGCUGUCCGGGUGGUUCUAGCUGCUGAGGACCAGAUCGGUCACGCACUACUCGGCAGCACGAUUGAUCUUCAUGGCAACCGUAAAACCUCUCGCGGCUCAUGCUGCUGAUGGUUCAUGGGGUACUAAGCUUUUUCUCGCUGAAACUUGCCUGUUUGUUCUGACAACAGGUGUACUGUAGGCUUAAGGUACAGCAUCCAGUAAGGACACUAUGCAGGAGAUGCAGCUUGUGUGAAGAAGCUGAUGUCGGGGAUUUCAGCUGCUGUCUUGUGAGCUGAAUUGUUGCUCUUAUGAAGGCACAGGCAUUCUGCGACAGGCGCGCUCGUCUUUUCUGCUUUCAGUGCUAUCUCACAAAAUAUUGCAUCCUUCUCUGUUUAUAUGCGAGGGUGGUAUCAAAUAAUGGAAUGAAGCAUUGUCUUUUAUCUCGUAUACUGGAAGACAAAGUGUCAGUUUUCUCAUAAAUACGCAGAAAUACGGAGUUGCUAUGUUUUCUGAUCUCAAAGUGAUUAGGCGUGGGUUAUUGGUAUGAAGAUAAAAAUGAAAGUAAUGAUUUCAAUAACCAUGAAAAACCCUCCAUCGCAACACUCAUAUGGUUUAAAAUUAUUUUUAAAGAGAUACAAGAGAAAGUCCUGGAGUUUUCUCUCCCUGCGUUGCCCCUCCUCCACUUGUUUUUUUUCCCCUUCUACUGACUGAAAGUAGACCAGUUUAGUAGUUUGAAAAUAUUUCCAGCUGACCGUCACCUUUAUUAAAGUGGUGCUGUUUUAAAAUGACUGUUUUAAGAAUUAUCUGAUAAAAUGUGUAACGAGCCAUUACAUCACGGUAUUCAUUUUAGUUUGCAUAAGCAAACUAUGAACAUCUCAAACUACAUGGAAUCCCUUGACUAUCUGAGCUGCUUGUAUUGAUUAGGUUUGGGCCAGUAUGAAGGUAUACUUGGUCAUACCGUUUCAAAGGUCUAAAGUUAUUAUACUAUGAUAAAGUGACGAUGUAGCUAAAAUUUUCUUUGGCUGCCCCUCCUCCAUGUAUAUAAAUGUGCACUGCUGGUCAGAUUGCUGAAAGAAAUUAGGUUUUAUUUUUUCAUACUCAAAGAAAAGCCCAAUCCGGCCUAAAAAGACGGUCAAGGUGUCGAAAAGAACGCCAUCCUUCGCCCUUGCUUGGGUGUUUUAAUGCUGCAUUUGGAAGCUUGAAGCUUACUAGUGAACUGUUGUGACUAAAAUAUGCAACACAUGAUCAAAUCUUUGCGUGAACAGAGGUAAGCUGUUGUUUCUACUGGAGACUACAGACAAAAUUUCAUAUCAGUCCAUACCUAAUGGUGAUAUACUAAAAAGUAUUAACUAUGGUACUAUACUGUCGAGUUAUGAGCAAAAGCAUGCGCUACACACAGACCAUUUGAGUACUACAGUUUACACAAAUGCUGACUGAGCUUCAAUUUGUGGUACGAUAAACUACAAACGUUAGUACUCUAAAAAAGAAAGGCUACAAGGUACAUUCAGUAGAAAGGGAAUGUUGAUCAUCAGGUUUACGGUUUUGCCCGUGAGCAUCAGUUACACGGUAGUGUUUUGUUUGCCUCUGCACUGUGUUGAGGCUGGGUGUAAUUGAGAAUUUAAUGUCUCAGCUGUGACAGUUUACCAGGCAACGAAUGCCUGUUGAACAAAAUAAUUAAAAAGUCGUUCUGCCUCUGGCGUUUUUCUUUUUUUAUUUCUAUCCAACAGUUACAUUGGGCUUCAAUGUUUGAUCAGGGACAGUUGAAGAAACUUUUCCUUGAUGGGUUGAAGAGCUCUAAUUAUUAACGGCCUCCCUGUAAUCCUGCGUCGGCCUCAACAUUCCAGGCUUCUAACUUUGCCUCCUGAGGGUCUCCUGAGUAUUACUGAUAAAUGAACAUCUCAUUACUUCCGGUGUGUAUAUUCUACAUCACCUCUUCAUUCUUACAGCAUUUUCCAAAAACAUACAAAGCACUUGGGAAAGUUUACAUCCGUCAUUGUAUUCACAUACCUGACACUGGCCACAUGUACAUUUCACUUUGUUUUUAUUAGGGGUGGCCAGAAGGCUCUUGUUUUUUUUUCCAUGUAUGGUAUUGGAUAAUGUUACAGCUAAUACUGAUUUAAACUGAACUGUCAUUAUGUAUGUGUAGUACUUUAUUUUUUUCCAGAUAAAAUUGAUUAUCUUUUUAACUAGAAGGUCCUAUAUUAUUGUAUCUGUUUCAUUUUGUUUGUCUGUCACAGCCUGAGAUGCAUCGUUUACCUACCAAGAUCAAAAGUAUAAACAUUUGUCUUUUUGAACUAAUGGUAAUUGCAAGAAUUCACUGUGAAAGUGAACUGAGUAAGGUACUGUUACUUUAAUCAAGCUAUAAGCUGAUAAUGAGUUUGUUUGUGUUGGGUCAUUUCACCUCCUUGCUACUUUGUACUACUGUAGUUUUUCACUUUUUAAUACAUUGAUGUUCCUGAUAUGAAAAAGAGAAGUCUGCUACAUGACCUAAAACCCUUCAUAUUCGUCCUGUAGAUGUCCCAUACUUACAUUGCCAGCCUUUGACUUAAAUUACAGGUAUGCUGUAAGGAAAUGUGAUUUUGAGACUAAAAUCUACCCACAACUUGUUCAUUAAUUUUAUUUUGAUCAAAUGUCUCUUGUGUUUCAUAAAUUGCGCAACAGGCUUACAAAAUGAGAUCAAAACUACAAUCAGUGUCAAUGGCUCAUAUUUAAAUAUAGAGGAUUUAAACAUUUUUUGCAAUUACCUCCGUCUCCUAAAAAUGGAUCACUACCAAUAGAAAUGAAAUGAGACAUGGGUAAGUUUUAAAAAGGCAACUCUUUGGUGCAAAUUGGCAAAGGUGUAAGAUGACCCAGUGUUGCAUUGUUUUACAAAAACUGUGAGCUGAAGAUGUAAUUUAAAGACUACACCAACUCUUAAAACGAGGGCUAAUAGCUGUUAUUGUGAUUUAACUUCAUUUUCUUACACUGCUGCUUGAGUUUUAUCUAGUUUUCACUGUGAAGUCUUUUUUAACCUGAAAUCAACAUUGUUGGUAAAAUCAGUGUUGGCCAAGAGCACAUUUCCUAUGUUCUGAUCAUUUUCCCCAUGUUUAGUAUUUAUGAAUGUAAUCUUUCCAUGUUUUUAAUUUGACAUUUUUUAAAUGUAAAAAUACUGUUUUACUUCAUGUGCUCAACUCAUGAGCGCAGCUUGAUCUGUGCAGAACAAUAGUUUCAUUUUGAUUAUGUGCUGAUCUGAGAUAGCUGCCCUUCCUCUACUUUGCACUAGUAAUAGUAACGCUAAAGAAUUCAUCUCCAGUGCUUGGCUUCAAAUAAAGUGUGCAUCAUACCAGA